AUUCAGGAGCCACCAGGCAGGCCAGCUCUUUUAGGACCUCAUUUCUCCUGUAACUCAGGACAUCACCAGAGUUGUCUACACUUUUCCAAGGCAGCAGAAAAUGAACAAAUCCCAGAUUGAACAGAGAUUCCAGGGAUCGGUAUCAUUUAAGGAUGUGACCGUGGGCUUCACCCAGGAGGAGUGGCAGUGCUUGGACUCAAGUCAGAGGUCCCUGUACAGGGACGUGAUGCUGGAGAACUACAGCCACCUUGUCUCAGUGGGGUCCUGUGCUACCAAACCAGAGGUGAUCUUCAGGCUGGAGCAAGGAGAGGAGCCAUGGAUAUGGGAGGAAGAAUUCCCAAGCCAGAGCCUCCCAGAAGUCUGGGAAACUGAUCACAAGAAAGGAAGGAGCCGAGAAAACCAGCAUAAACCUGUGAAGGAAGUUGCAUUCAUCAGUAAGAAAACGCUGACCAAGGAACGUGAUAUUGUAAUAGGAAAACCAUUUAACCUGGACACAAAUUCGUUUCCUUCCAGAGAAAGCCUCUGUCAGUGUGACUCAUAUGGAGUGAGUUUCAGCUGUAUUUCUGAAUUGUGUAUCAAUAAGAAAAGACGUUUGGGAGAAAAGACUGGUGAAUUUAGUGCCUGUGGAAAAUUGCUACUCAGUAUUAAACACAAGAAAACUCCUACUAGUGAGAAAAGUGAAUUUUUUAAACAUGGGGAAACUUUCAGUCAGGAUGAGGACUCUGUUGAUCGUGAAAAGAUUCAAAGUGCAGAGAAAAAUUUUGAAUAUUACAUGUAUCAAGAAACCUUCCCCAAAAAGGCAACAUUGAGUACGUACAAGAGAGAGAUCACUGAAGAGAAUCACUCUGAAUGUAUUGAAUAUGGGAGAACCUUCUUUCCUAACUCCUCUUUCUUGUUACAUCACAUGAAUGCCUCCGACGAGAAUCACUGUGGACUGCGUGGUUGUGGGAAAUCGUUAUGUGUGAAGUCUACCCUUUUGAAACCUCAUGGGGCACGUAUGAAACCCUCGGAGUGUAGUGAGAGUGGGGAUCGUUUCCGGGGGGAUUUAUGCCUUCCACAACUUCAGAAAACUCAUACAGGAGAGAAACACUUUGAAUGCAAUGAAUGUGGGAAAGCGUUUUGGCAUAAGUCCCACCUCACUCGACAUCAGAGGAUACACACAGGAGAGAAACGCUUUCAGUGUGAUGAAUGUGGAAAAACUUUCUGGGAGAAGUCAGACCUCACGAAACAUCAGAGAUCACACACGGGGGAGAAGCCCUAUGUGUGCAACGAAUGUGGUAAAGCCUUCAGCCACAAGUCCGCCCUCACGAUACACCAGAGAAUACAUACAGGGGAGAAACCCUAUCAGUGUAGCGCGUGUGGGAAAACUUUUUACCAGAAGACAGACCUCACCAAACACCAAAGGACACACAUAGGGCUGAAACCCUAUGAAUGCUAUGAAUGUGGGAAAUCCUUUUGGAUCAAUUCACACCUUAUCCUGCAUCAGAGAACUCAUACAGGGGAGAAACCAUUUGAAUGUCCUGACUGUGGGAAAUCUUUCUGUCAGAAGGCAUAUCUUACACAACAUCAGAAAACCCACGUAAAGGAUAAACCCUACAAAUGUAAUGCAUGCGGGAAAACUUUCUACCACAAGUCAGUACUCACCAGGCAUCAGAAAAUUCAUACAGAGUUGAAACCUUAUGAAUGUUGCGAAUGUGGGAAAACGUGUUUGGAGUCUGACCACAUGGUGCAUCAGAGAAACACAGGGGAGAAACCCUUUGUGUGUCCUGAAUGUGGGAAAUCCUUCAGCCGUAAAUCUACCCUCUCUCAACAUCACAGGACACAUACAGGGGAGAAACCGUUCGAGUGUCAUGAAUGUGGAAAAAUCUUCUAUAAUAAAUCGUCCCUAAGUAAACAUAGUAGGAUACACACAGGGGAGAAACCCUACGGAUGUAAUGAAUGUGGGAAAACUUUCUGCCAGAAGUCUCAGCUCACUUAUCACCAGAGAAUCCACAUAGGUGACAAACCUUAUGAGUGUAAUCAAUGUGGAAAGGCUUUCUGUUAUAAGUCAGCUCUAAUUGUGCACCAGAGAACUCAUACAAAAGAAAAGCCCUAUAAAUGUAAUGAAUGUGGGAAGUCUUUCUGUGUGAAGUCAGGACUUACUCUACAUCAGAGAAAACACACAGGGGAGAAACCCUAUGAAUGUAAUGAAUGUGGAAAAUCUUUUGUCCAGAAGUCUAGGCUCACUCAGCACCAGAGAAUGCACAUAGGAGAGCAACCCUAUGAAUGUAAUGAAUGUCGAAGGGCUUUCUGUGAUAAAUCAGCUCUAAGUGUGCACCAGAGAACUCAUACAGAAGAAAAACCCUAUAAAUGUAAUGAAUGUGGGAAAUCUUUCUAUUUGAAGUCAGCACUUCUUAUACAUCAGAGAAAACACACAGGGGAAAAACCCUACAAAUGUAACCAAUGUGGGAAAUCCUUCAUUCAUAGAUCUUCUCUCACAGUGCAUUAUAGGGUUCACACAGGGGAGAAAUCUUGUCAGUGUAAUGAAUGUGGGAAAAUUUUUUACCGUAAAUCAAACCUUGUUAACCAUCAGAGGUCACACACAGGCGAGAAGCCCUAUGAAUGUAACACAUGUGGAAAGCCCUUCUCUCAGAAGUCAAACCUCAUUGUACAUCAGAGAACACACACACAAGAAAAACCUUAGGAUUGCAGUGGGUCUUAGGAAUGUUGAGCUGUGGUUCAGCAGUCGCUCCGCUUCAGAGAACUCACGUUGUAGAGGAAGCAAUGUCAAUGUCCUGAAUGUUGAAUAACUUUCGUCCACAAACUGGCCUUAUUUUACCCCGAAGUAGACUGCAACACAUAAAGGACAGUCUUGUUAAGUAACAUUCCUUUGAAUGUCCCUAGCAAAUGCGGGCAUAGAACCUUGAAGAUGUUUUGAUUUUAUAAGAUUUGUUUUUAGCUAAAAUACAAAGUAGGAUAUGUUAAUUUCUAUUAAGGAGAAUUCUUUCAAUUUGAGACAUACAGCUUGAAGAUUGUCUUUAGAGGUAAUAUAACAUUGGAAGUUGUGUUUUGGUUUUGAUGCCUUAUUUCUUUAGGCAACAUAAGAAGUUGUAAUUUUG